CAGCAUUAUCUGUCUUGAUGAAAGCAGGCGUUACAAGAAGAAGAGCUACAGCUACUUUAUGUGCACUUUUGGAUAAAAAAAAAACCAAACAAACAAACGGAUAAACUCUCGAAUGAAGCUUAUUAAGUUUAGUUUAGACUCUCUGGACACAUGACAGGCAAACAUCUGUGUUGGAAAGCAACGGGUGGUGUGGAAGAACAUGUUGAAGGUUGAAAAUAUAUCUUGCAGCUGCAUUAUGGAUCAGUUGAAGCAGACCUGUCAAGGCUUCAUAUGCUCAGGAGUAAAGCUGAUUCCUGACACAGGUGCUGACCAUGAGAUGGAUGCCAGUACAGAGCAGAUGGACACGUCGCUCCCUCCUGGAUGGACCAGAGAGACCAGACAGCGAAAGCAGGGCAAGACAGCAGGCAAGAUGGAUACUUACAUUAUCAGUCCUCAAGGUAAACGCUUCAGAUCCAAAGCAGCACUUCAGAAGUACCUGCUCUCUGAGGAAUGUGUCCAUCUGAACCUGGACGCUUUUGAAUUCAGCCCAAAAACCAAAGCACAGUCUCAAAAAUCAAACUCCGAUAAACCAAAACAAAAAGAACGAAAAGCAAGGAGGAGAAAAGAUCAGUUGCAAGAAAUAAAUAGUAACGAGGAAGAACAAACAGGCAUCGAGGGCAAAAUGGAGGAAACAUCCAGCAGCGUUAGAGAAAACAGAACUGAUGCUGUGCCUGUCAUUAUGGUGCAGGAGGCAUCAGAGAGCGAAGGAGAGAGUGACAACCAACAAAUUAAUGCAGCUAGAGCGGGGAUCAGUUCACCUGUCAGAAACUCCCAAAAUGAGAAGCGGCGAACCAGUCCAUACUUUAAAAGAAAGAAUGAUGGUCUCACUCCUCCAAAGCGUAAAGCGUUCAGAAAGUGGACUCCUCCACGUUCCCCCUUCAAUCUGGUUCAAGAAACCUUGUUUCAUGACCCGUGGAAGCUUUUAGUGGCCACCAUCUUUCUCAACAGAACUAGCGGGAAAUUGGCUAUUCCUAUGUUGUGGCAGUUUUUUGAGCGUUACCCGUCGGCUGAGGUUACACGGUCCAGUGACUGGAAGCCACUAGCUGAUCUUAUGCAGCCACUCGGUCUCAAUUCCCUACGAGCCAAAACUCUCGUCCGCUUCUCCGACGAAUUUCUCACUAAGUCAUGGCGAUAUCCUGAAGAGCUCUAUGGCAUCGGCAAAUAUGGAAACGAUUCGUAUCGUAUAUUCUGUGUGGGAGAAUGGAGACAGGUCACCCCAAAAGACCACAAGCUGAACAAGUAUCAUGCAUGGCUGUGGGAGAACCACAAGAAAUUAGGCAUCUGAUGUUUCAUGUUCGCUGGAGCCUCUGGAGACUUUUCAGCACUUUUUAAACCUGCCAUCAUUUUAAAGAAAACUGAGGUAGAAAAGCAAUGGCUUUUUUUUUUUUCAAGCUGAGAACUAAAAUAACUUUAAGAAAAAAAAUCCUGAAAUCCAACUUUCAAGGUGAAUCAUUGUGCCACACCUCUCUCAGAACAAGCUCGCUCUACUUGUUUCAGUGGACGAUUGUAAGACUCCGUGUUCUGCUUUUCAAAUUUUUAAUCCUGUAAUAUUUCAAGUGGCCAUUUCUACAUGCACAAAAACCGCAAAGUCGGAUCUUAUUUUCAUGUGAUAUUUUUUAUUGUGGCCCAUUUUUCUCACUCUCUCUCACACACACACAAAGAAUUAGGUUGAAUCUUUGUCUAUAGCAUCUGGGGGGAAAGUUUACUUUUGUAUAUCUGUGGUCAUUAUAAAGUAGGGCAGGAAUAUGUACAUAGUCUGUAUAUUGUGUGUAUAUUUAAGGUUCUUUUUAAUGUGUAAUAUAAAUUUAUAUUUAUAUUAAAGUCCAAGUCAUAGAUUUAUCCUGUAGCAUUUGUUUGAACAGUCAUAAUCCACUUUUUAUACGUUUUUAAAAUAUUAAUGGAAUAAAAUGGCUGUUUUCUGUGUGA